AUGAAGUUAUCGCUUCUAGCUACAAUUGCGGCGGUUGCCAUCACCUCUACAGAGGCAUGCGCCAAGUACAAGACUUGCUGGUGCGAGAGAAGCAACUUCAUGUACGAGGGCAGACUGCAGGACAACAUCCCCUGGGACGAAGACACCAAGUCGUUCUUCGCCUUCAUUCCCUCCAAGGCCAUUAACAACUGUGAUUGGACCAAGAAAUGCCAAUCGGUUGGUGCUACGACCGGAUACUGCCGCGAGAAGAUUUAG